ACAAAGUUUGGCCUCUGUGGAAGUCACUCUUUAGGACCUUCUCAAACUUUGCUGCAUACCAAAAAGCAUGAAAAUUAAAGAUUAAAACACCAAUGUGGUCCAACUUUAGUUCAACUAUGUCACCUUUUUCCAAUACCAAAGAAACACAUUGUCCCCACUGCACCAUAGCUCAACUUCAAAAGCUUCUUUUCCUCUUCACUUCCAUUGAUCCAUCACCCCAUUUACAAUAAAUAAACAUAUCACUUCUUUCUCUCCCUCAUUCACUUCCAUUGGCCUAUUUUACCACUGCACCAAUUCAAACAUGCUACCUUCUGUUGAUGAACUUGGCUCACCAAAACAACCAAGGAUUCAACACUCUCUGCGAUCAGAAUCAUCAAAUUCCCUUGCCAGCACAAGACCAAUUCUUGGGCAACCUCGACUUCAAAGGACCAAACCAAUCAUAUGGUGUGCUGCAAUACUGUGCUUAAUAUUCAGCCUCCUACUCAUCUUCUUUGGAAUUGCAACACUGAUCCUCUACCUUGCAAUGAAGCCAAAAAAUCCCACUUUUGACAUUCCCAAUGCAAGCCUCAAUGUAGUCUACUUCGACUCACCACAGUACCUCAAUGGUGAGUUCACUCUCGUUGCAAAUUUCUCCAAUCCUAACAGAAGAAUUGGGGUGAGGUUUGAGUCCUUGAAUAUUGAGCUUUUCUACUCGGAAAGACUGGUAUCAUCACAGAAAGUAAAGCCUUUUACUCAGAAGCCAAGGGAAACCAGGUUGCAAUCAGUGAACCUGAUAUCAAGCUUAGUGUUCUUGCCUCAAGAUGUUGGUGUGAAACUUCAGAGGCAAGUGGAAAAUAACAGGAUCAAUUACAAUGCAAGAGGAACUUUUAAAGUGAGGUUCAAUAUUGGCCUUAUCCAUUUAUCUUACUGGCUGAAUACCAUAUGCCAGAUAGAGAUGACUAGUCCUCCAACUGGUAUUCUAGUGGCAAGACAAUGCAUAACAAGCAGAUCAAGAUGAGGCAACAUGGUAGAAUUUUUUUGUUCUUGUUCAUUACUUUCUGGUUUCUACUUUAUUUGGAGGUAUAGGUAAUGGUAAAUACCAGUGUUGAAAACAGUGAUAUGAUUUUUGUGAGCCAUGAAGAAAGAGAAGAUCAGAGGAUAGCAUUUGAUUUUAAUUGAUAUUUUAUUGUUUUCAUUUGUAGAUAGAGACUUGGGUGGAGGGUGUUGAAGCCCUUCCACACCAGAAAUAUGUAGAGGAUGAAUUUAAAAUUUAUCUUUGAGUAGUUUUCUUUUCCGGAAAGCAGGAGUUGAAUUAACUUUCUGGUUUUGUUUUCUUUUGCUUCCUUAAUUGUGUCGUGUCAGCUGCACUAAUUGGAAUGCCUUUUGAUUGUGUAAGAUACUUAAAGCAAAGAUGUUAAAAGCAGAAAAGAACUUGUCAGA